AUGGCUUUUUUUAUUCAUAAUUUGCUACAACCAUCUAAAAUUAUUCGUAAACAAUUAUCAAUACGCAGUUUGGAGGAAUUUGAUGACAGCCAAACUCCUCGGUCAUCUUCAAGCUUGCGGCAGUCUCCUCCUAAUCCAUCAUUUAUGCAGCAAUAUAAUUCGCCACAAUGGUAUCAAGCAAUGGCAUAUGUUAACAUGGCUUCACAACAAGUAGAUUACCGAGCUCAUGAGGCUGUCGAUGGAAACUAUGAAGUCGUCAUUGGUAAUUUUAGUUAUUCCUUCUUCUAGUG